AUGAGCAUGUCAGAUCAGGACAGUGACACAGAACAAGAUGUACUCGAUGACACUGUCGUUAAUAAGUAUAAAAUGUCCGCUGAGGUUACAAAUGCGGUUUUACUCGAGUUGAUUGGUCUUUGUGUUGAUGGCGCUAACAUCGUUGAGUUGUGUGAAUUAGGUGAUAGAAAAAUCUGUGACAAAGUAUCUCAGCUAUUUAAAAAAGAGAAAGAGAUGAGAAAAGGUAUUGCCUUUCCCACUGCAAUCAGCGUGAACAAUAUGAUACGUCACUACUCUCCUAUUGAAAAUGAAGCAUUUGGUCCUAUAGAAAUAAAAACUGGAGACCUUGUCAAAAUUGAUGUUGGUGCCCAUAUAGAUGGUUAUGCUGCUAUAGUCGGACACACUUUUGUUGUUGGUGCAAGCCAGGACAACAAAAUCACUGGCCGAAAAGCUGAUGUUAUACUGGCCGCACAUGCAGCAGCAGAAGCUGUCAUUCGGCUAUUAAAACCGGGAGUGGAGAAUCUAAAGGCUUCAGAAAUUGUAAGUAAAACUGUUACAGAUUUUAACUGUCACGCCGUGGAAGGCAUGCAAUGCCAUCAAAUGAAAAAGCUUGUAUAUGACGCAGAAAAAAACAUUGUUUUCAGUCCUACGGAAGAGCAGAAAAAGACAGUUGAAAAGUGUACUUUCGACAUAAAUGACGUAUGGAAUGUGGAUAUUAUUGUAUCGACGGGUGAUGGCAGACCACGGGAACAUAGAGCGCGGACAACUUUGUUUAAGAAAAAUGAAACUUUAUACCAAUUAAAAAUGAAAGCCGCACGUCAAUUAUAUAGUGAAAUUACAAACAGAUUCCUGGCAUACCCAUUUAGUUUACGUGCCUUUGAUGAUGUCAAAAGAGCUCGACUAGGUAUUUGUGAGUGUAUAAAACAUGGGGUCAUUGAACCACUUCCAGUUGUUUGUGAAAAAGAUGACGAAUUUGUUGCUCAAUUCAGGUUUACCGUUUUACUCAUGCCUAAUGGUCCAAUGAAAGUCACUGGGUUGACUUUCGAUCCUUCUCUGUACAAAUCCGAACACAAAGUCAAAGACCCAGAAAUCAAGGAACUGCUUUCCCAACCUAUUAAGAUUCAAAACAAAAAGAAAAAGCCUUUAAAACCAGAAUCCGUUGCUAAAAUUUCAGCGUAG